GCUUUUGCUUCCUGGGUCGUCUUCCUGAUCAUGGCCUCUCACACACACACAUCACUAUGUCACUGUGAUAACAUGAAGCUGCUUAAUGUUUAGCCCAGGGCACACUUGCACACACACAACACACACGGACAUACACACACUGACACGGGGAGGCAAAGGGAUUAUAGACACACACUGACACAUGCAGCUCCGGGAUGGAGGCAAGGAAAGUUCCUGCGAGGAGAACAGUAGGUGAUAAUCAAACAGCCUCUGGAGCUACAAAUGGUGCCUCAUCAUGGCCACAUGAUGAUGCUGAUGAUGAUGAAAGAGGUCGUCCCCUGUCUGCGGUCCUCCGUCUCUACGUGUACGCUCUGCACGGCUGUCUCUGUGAGGUGGUCUUUACUGCAGUGUGGGACGGGGUCAGCUCGGGGAUGUGAAGCUUGGUGGGACAGCAGUUGUGGGCACUGCCCAUGUACGCCACUGCAAUCUUUGUGAUGGAGUAUCUGAGCAGCCACUUGCUGGCACAGGGUCAGUCCUUGACUGUUCGUCUGACCACUUACACUCUGUUCAUCUACCUCUGGGAAUUCAGCUGGGGGGCGGGCCUCAGCCUGCUGGGGGCGUGUCCAUGGGACUACUCAAGUUUCAGGUUUAACCUGGGAGGACUUGUGACUUUGGAGUAUGCUGUGUUCUGGGCCACUGCAGCAUUUAUUGCAGAGCACCAUGUCAUCAAGAACACGUUGAGGAUGAGACUGAAGAACUGAUCUGACAUCUGUUUGACUACUGAGCCUCUCAAUCAGAACACACUGAACAACAAUGCAUUGAAGAGAGGUUUUUGUUAUUUAAUAUUUACAGAAUGAUACAGACUAUAGACUUUAUAUAAGAAGUUACGUUCUACACUGGUUUGGACUGAAUAUUUUGAAGUUCCAAGUUUGUCAUUUUGGCUAUCACCAUCUUACCUUUGGAACCUGAAGUGACCAUAUUUGGACAAGAGGAUGGAUACAUAUUUCUACAUCUCUAUUCUGUUUGAAAGGUUACUAUGGUAGCAACUUGUCAAUCACAAGACUGAUGUCAGCAAAUGACUUAAUCAGAUCUGUGACAUCGGUGUCUAAUGUUGACAUGCUUAACAGUGUAAUCUUCUUUAGCCUACUUUGUAUUUCUCACCUUUUCUGCUUCUUGGGAAAAUCAACGUUCUAUAUUACCAUUAACAUGAAGCCCGAAUCACUCACAGUUAAAUGGAAUAAAUACAUUUAAUGUAGGCUAUAAUCACUACAGGUCAAGUAACACUGAAAAAAGUCUAAACUUGUAUGUGAGAGUGUUUGUUUGGAUACAAGAUCAAAACUCAGGUUUAAUCUCAGAUAUUUAUUGAUGUGAUUUCUCUUAAUAUAAAACAAAUUUUCAUUACAACAAAAAAAGUGACAUUUUCAAUUUCAGUAUGUUCAUCAGGAUCGAUGUUUACUUUUAUUGGCACACAAAUGAAUUGAUGUCAUACCAUGCUACCUGUAUGUAACGAUUGAUUGAUACACCUGCUCACAUGCACAUAAUACUGUGAUGGACGAUGAAUUCCAGUCCUUAACUUCCAUAAAAGUAAGAGGAAUACUCCUUCAUUCCUCAUCUUACUGCAGUAAAAGUAUGACAUAUUAACAGUAAAAUAAUUGGUUUUGUUGUGUAGUGUUUGACUAUUAAAUUAGUCAUUUUUCGAAUAAUAUUUCUGCUGGAUUCAUGUGUAUGCUGCAUUUUACAUUUAUGCAUUUUAAAGGCUUUGAUAAUUUCUAACUCUUCUUCUACUGUUCGCUGGUUUAAGCAGAAAUGCAUCAUGGUCCAUUCAAUCACUGUAACGUCACUGAUCCAUUACUUUUAAUGAAGCACAUAAAUACUGAAAGUUUCCAGCCUUGUACUUUGCCACUUUACAACUAACAUUACCUUGAAUUAGUACUUAUGUGCAGUAAA